AAACCUUCCACUAGUUUCCUUAACGAGACAGAUCUCUCUCUUCUCAUCAUCAAUGGCGUUUCUCUCCUCGUUGCCAGCGAUGCAGAAAGGAAUAUUCGUGAGCGUGCCUGUACUCGUCCUCUCCCUCUCCUUCGCAGCUGCUGUCUUCUUCCUCCUCUCCUCUUCUCUCUCCUCCUGCUCCUGUCCUUCAUCUUUAACUUCUCCUAACGUAGCUGCCGUCGUGGGAAGCGGCGGUGACGUGAGGUUAGAGGAGAGGAUAUCAACGACGAGAGAGGAUAUAGAGUGGGUUAGAGAUCUGAUUAGAUCGAAUGGUUUGCAUAUGCAGAAGAAUGAGCUUAGGAAAGGGAUUAAUCCUCGUACUAGAGAUCAGCAGCUCGUAGAUCUCAGACAGUACAAGGGAAUAUCUCAUUACGAAGGAGAAGAAGCAAACAACCACACAGCUCUUCCCUGCCCUGGUGAGUUACUAGUUGAACAACAUCACAGCAACUACGGUGAGCCUUGGGCUGGUGGACGCGACGUAUUCGAGUUCUUGGCUGAAUCAUCCAAUCUUAAACCAAACUCUCGUGUCCUGGAAAUCGGAUGUGGCACCUUACGUGUGGGUUUACAUUUCAUCCGCUUUCUCAAUCCCACACACUUCCACUGCCUUGAAAAAGACGAGCUUUCUCUUAUGGCUGCUUUAAGAUACGAGCUUCCCUCUCAAGGUCUUUUACAUAAACGACCUCUUAUACUCAGAGGUGAAGAUAUGGAGUUCAGCAAGUUUGGCUCGGAUGUAAUGUAUGAUCUGAUAUACGCAAGUGCAGUCUUUCUUCACAUGCCUGAUAAACUGGUCUGGACUGGACUUGAGAGGUUAGUGGAGAAGUUAAAGCCUUACGAAGGGAGGAUCUUUGUGUCGCAUAAUGUGAAGUUUUGUUCGAGGUUAGGAGGAGACGAGUGUGCAAAGAAGCUGGAGAGUUUAGGACUUGAGUAUCUUGGUAAACAGACACAUGAUAGCUUGCUGUUUAAUCACUACGAGAUCUGGUUUGGGUUUAGACGGUUAAAACCAUAAAAAAGCUUGUUGGAAGUGCUUCUAAUUCGGGUUUGGUGACACGUCAUUGCUCUCUAUUAUCUGAGGGUUGGAUCAGGACUUGAAGGAGUUUGGUGACUUAAAGGAGAGAACGUUCACAAAAAGCUGUGAAGUACACUCAUUACUUCUUUGUGGUUAGUGAGACACAUGUAAUGUUCAUGUAAUUGCUAAAUGAUAUAAGAGAUGAAGCUAUAUUAGUAUGAUCUGUAACCAAAAGCACAUUGUUUUCAUAUCUUAAGAGUUA